AUGCGUGUGCGACAUCUGCAACAAACUCGAGCAUCAAGCAAAAUCCAUGCCGAAUCAAACGCAACGCAAGGCAAUGCAAUAGGGUGGGCUAGUGCCGUUUUCAGGGGAUCGGAUACAGCGCCCGUACAGGCCUGCCGGCCGGGGUCAUUUGGAAGCGAAAGUACCGCGAGCAGAAGGGAAACGGUUGUUCGUCGAGGCUCCAAGUAUUGUCUAGUUCCCUACCUGGACAAAUACCCGACCAGUGAUCUCAAAAGGCGUCUUUUUCUGGCUGUUGCGCUCAUGGGUCUGAACCAUUUCUGGCACAGCUUCAAAAUGUGA